ACCGCACUAGAUGCGCUGCCUGUAGUACAGCCCUGGUUACCAGAAAAGCCAGGAGUUUGUCCAAGCAACAACCUAGCAGGAAUCUGUGUUGUGCGUGAGAAUCACUGUUUCCAUGACAGUAACUGUCCGGGUGAUCAGAAAUGCUGCAGCAAAGGAUGUGGACGUCAGUGCAUGGCUCCGUAUAGAGCAGAAAAGCCAGGGGUGUGUCCAAGUAGCAACCUUAGAUGUAUUCGGAGUGAGAACCUCUGUUCCCAGGACGGUAACUGUCCGGGUGAUCAGAAAUGCUGCAACAAUGGAUGUGGACUUCAUUGUAUGCCUCCAUAUAGAGAAAAGCCUGGAGUGUGUCCAAGGAAGACCCUUGAAUUAGGAGCUUGUAUUGAAAUGUGUUCCCAUGAUGGUGACUGUCCGAAUGAUGAGAAGUGCUGCAGCAAUGGAUGUGGACAUCAGUGCAUAGCUCUUACUAAAGAAAAGCCAGGAGUGUGUCCAAGCAACAGCUUCAUACGUUGUAUUUGGAGUCAGAAUCUCUGUUACCAGGACAGUAACUGCCCAGAUGAUCUGAAAUGCUGCAUUGAUGGAUGUGGAAGUCGGUGUAUGCCUCCAUACAGAGAAAAGCCAGGAGUGUGUCCAAGCAGCUACCCCAGAUAUUGUUUCAGGAGUGAGAAUCUCUGUUCCCAGGAUGGUAACUGUCCAGGUCAUCUGAAAUGCUGCAACGAUGGAUGUGGAUUUCAUUGUGUGGCUCCAUAUAGAGAAAAGCCAGGAGUGUGCCCAAGCAACAGCCUCUUACGUUGUAUUUGGAGCCAGAAUCUCUGUUCCCAGGACGGUAACUGUCCAGAUAAUAAAAAGUGCUGCACUGAUGGAUGCGGAAGUCGGUGUAUGCUUCCAUAUAGAGAAAAGCCAGGAGUGUGUCCGAGAAGGUUCCUCGGUGUAGGAAUGUGUAAGAAGUUGUGUGUUGAUGACACCGACUGUCUGGGCAACGGGAAAUGCUGCAGCACAACGUGCGGACGUGAUUGUACAGCUCCUCGUAAAGGUGUGAUGUACUGAUGCUUGGGUCCCCAACACGCACCGUUUUUGAGUGAGGCCUGGUCUAUGUCUCAAUCCAAAUAUGUGCUGAUGAUCAAUAUCCUGCCAGACCUAGUAUUGCACCACCAGUGGCCAUGCCUGCCGAUAACCAUGCUGAUUUGG